AUGCUGCGUUCCAGACGUCAGACUGUAGAGGGCUGUUUUCAAGCAGAAGACUCGAACGCCCUCAGUUCUUCGCCUCCGAUGAGAUCCAAGAGCCAUUCAUCUCCCUCGCAUUCGCGGGGGUCCUCUUCGGAACGCCACGAAGAUUAUGAAACUGUUACUGACUCUACUGUGGCCGAUGUAGCUUCACCACCGCCUCCUUCCAAUGGCAGCUCGGCCAAGGAAUCUCCUGCUAGCAGCUUGCCUAGCUCUCCCUAUGUUGAACGUAGUAACCCUAUGGGAUCCGGCAGCGCCCAGACCGUCACCUCCAAGGACCCGAAGGCUGCAGCCCAAGCCGCUACGGAUAUGAAGAAUGUCGUUCGUCGGAAGUUGACUGGCUACGUUGGGUUCGCCAAUCUGCCGAACCAGUGGCACCGUAAGAGUGUUCGCAAAGGGUUCAAUUUCAAUGUGAUGGUUGUUGGUGAAUCUGGACUGGGAAAGUCUACUCUUGUGAACACACUCUUCAAUACUUCCCUCUACCCCCCAAAGGAACGUGCUGGCCCCAGCCACGAUAUCAUCCCAAAGACAGUAGCCAUCCAGUCUAUCAGUGCAGAUAUUGAGGAGAACGGUGUCCGUCUUCGCCUGACCGUAGUUGAUACUCCUGGAUUCGGUGACUUCGUGAACAAUGAUGACUCGUGGCGCCCAAUCGUGGAGAAUAUCGAGCAGAGAUAUGAUGCUUACUUGGAAGCCGAGAACAAAGUGAACCGCACAAACAUCGUUGACAACCGGAUUCAUGCUUGUGUCUACUUCAUUCAGCCCACAGGCCAUUCCCUGAAGCCCCUCGAUAUUGAAGUCAUGCGCAGGUUGCACACCAAGGUCAACUUGAUCCCUGUGAUUGCUAAGGCAGAUACCCUCACCGACGAGGAAAUCUCCCUUUUCAAGCAGAGAAUUCUCGCCGAUAUCCAGCACCACUCCAUCCAGAUUUUCGAGGGCCCCCGCUACGAGCUUGACGAUGAAGAAACUAUUGCCGAAAACCAGGAAAUCAUGUCCAAGGUGCCCUUCGCCGUCGUUGGUGCAAAUUCCGAAGUGUCGACUGCUGAUGGCCGCAAAGUGCGUGGCCGCAGCUACCCAUGGGGCGUCAUUGAGGUCGACAACGAGGAGCAUUGCGACUUUGUGAAGCUGCGCCAGAUGCUGAUCCGCACCCACAUGGAGGAGCUCAAGGAACACACCAAUAACUCCCUGUACGAAAACUACCGUUCCGACAAGCUUACGCAGAUGGGCGUUGCCCAGGACCCGAGCGUGUUCAAGGAGGUCAACCCGGCGGUCAAGCAGGAGGAGGAGCGUGCUCUACACGAGCAGAAGCUCGCCAAGAUGGAAGUGGAGAUGAAGAUGGUUUUCCAGCAGAAGGUGGCCGAGAAGGAGAGCAAGUUGAAGCAGAGCGAGGACGAGCUGUAUGCUCGACAUCGCGAGAUGAAGGACCAGCUGGAUCGACAGCGUCAGGAGCUAGAAGAGAAGAAAGGACGCCUCGAGAGUGGGCGUCCGAUCGAAGAAAAGGGAAAGAGAAAGGGGUUCUCUCUUCGUUAA